AUGUUUAUUGAACCUACUUGUUACUCAAAAGCCACUCACCACUCUCACUGGCAUGAAGCUAUGGCUUUUGAACUCCAUGCUCUUGAAGAAAACUCCACUUGGACACUAGACCCUCUUCCUCUGGCUGAUCACUCUCUAUUUACCUUGAUCACUGCUACCAAUCUCACCAUUGGUCUCAUUUAUGUUGAUGACAUCUUGGUUGUCGGCAAUGAUCUUUCUCAGGUUUCUUACUUCAAGUCUGUUAUUAAUUCCACUCACUUUAAAACCAAGGACCAUGGACCUCUCAAAUAUUUCCUUGGACUUGAAGUUGCUCGAUCCCCUUCAGGCAUUUUUCUUAAUCAGCAAAAAUAUGCCCUAGACAUCGUUGCCGAUAGUGGCCAACUUGGCUCUCACCUUGCGGCCUUUCCUAUGAAACAAAAAUUGAAGCUCAACGACACUGAUGGUGAACUUCUCCCUGAUCUCGGCCCUUACUGA